UCCAAAUAUAUCUCCUCACUUUCAGAUGCACUCUUCACUGUCGGAUUGUUUCACAAAAGAAAAUAAAACUCUGAUAGCGGAGUUUGUGACUGUUAAAGUUAUUGAUGUUCGUCCAUUAAGAAAUUACAAGAAACGAAAUGGAAAAACUGGUAAAAUGUUCAUUGCUGCAAUCUGUGAUACCACCUAUGCCUGCUUAGCCAAAGUUUAUGACUCAGAAAAAGUCACCAUUAUACAGCCAAAUACGGUUCUCAUACUUAAAGACUUCUUUAUCAAAAACGGUGAGAUUUCAAUCACAAGCAAAACAAUAGCAUCCAAAACAGGUCAUCUACCGGAAAUUCCAGAUGAUAUCAUUGAUAAAGCAUCAUCAUUGUUGACUGGUACAAAAUCGACAGAUUUGUCUCCAGUUUCCUAACAAG